AUGGAGCAUUCAUCUACGCUCGAGAGCGGACUCUUCACCUUCUUCAUGGCCGUCGCAGAAGUGCUCGGCUAUGCCGUCGGAGCCGCCAACAGCCUCCACCGCCGCCUCCCUUUCGCAGCAAAAAUCGAUGAGAGCGGCGCGCGCUUUAAGUUUUUCCACCACAGGGGCACAUGCCCCUGCUGGCCCCCUGUGGGUCCGCCAUUGCACGUCGGGCUCGUCGUGGGCUCUGUGGCGGGCCUCGUCGGGGAGGAGCCGCUCGACCACGUUAGGAUAACCGAGUCGAGGUGGGGCCUCAGUUCACAACACUUUAAAGCCAGCUUGGCCAGUGAGAGGACCUCCUCGACUGGCCAGUACCCAAUCGUGCGGUCGAGCACACCCCCAAAUUAUCCUGACUCGAUCGUGAUCUCAACAUGGUGCGAGAGCCCAAUAGCUGGUCAGGCCGUGAGGAUUUGCAUUAGCAUGACCCUGAACAAGCAUACGUCAAAUUUGGUCCAAGCAUGCUUGAAGUGUCGGGCUGAGGCUGUGAGCGGGAUGCCGGUAGCGGCAAGCAUUGCUAAUCAGAGGUGCGACUGUUGUUUCGAGGAAGAUGACCGGAAUGGUGAACGAACAAUAAAGACGUGUCUGUGCGCGACUGCAUUUCUCAGCGUUUCCCGACUGAAGGCAGUGCUUGGAUGCCACGACGUCGUGCUGGGUGAUUUAUGCUCCAUGGUUGUCGGGCUGUUUGGACACCCGAACAAAAGGUUGCAGGCUUGCCGACGAUGGUUGUACAAACUGCAGAACGUGGAUGACUGA